GGUUGCUCAAUGUUAAUGUUUGACAAGUAGGAAGAAGAAGAAGAAGAAGAAGAAGAAAAAGGGCCUCGGCUGCCAUAUCUCCUUUUUUUUUCAUUGUCUCAGACAAACCAACGACACUUUCAGUUCCCAUUACAGCUGAGGGAUAUUCGUCUGUUUCGGUGAAAAAGUGGACAGAAAGUGCCCUUCGCGCCUGGAGGGGGACCGCGCUGAGAAACAUGGAGGUGCUGGUGCUGAUAGACUUUGAGGGCAUCAUGGGGGAUGAGAUGACGGUGAGGACCGGCGACGUGGUCAAAAAGGUCACCAAGGCCAACGAGGAGGGAUGGCUGGAGGGGGAACUGAACGGCAAGAGAGGCAUCUUCCCAGCUAACUUUGUCAAGGAGGUGCCGGUCUUUCUAAUAGGUGACCUCAAGAGGGAGCCAAGAAGCUUCAGGACGUCGAAGAUGAAGAAGCCGACGAGGAAAUGCGAGGUGGCCUUCGCCUACAGCCGCCAGAACGAGGACGAGCUGGAGCUGGCUGCCGGGGAGACCAUCGAGAUCCUCAGAGAGAUUGAAGACGGGUGGUGGAUGGGUAGAAAAGGAGGACAAGUCGGAGCAUUUCCUUCAAAUUUUGUCAAAGAGGUCUUUGUGACUCCUAAAGAUAUGAAACUCAGCGAGGGGAAGAUCAGGCCGAAACUCACAGACGCCAUCUUCAGUCAGGGGAACAACCAACCCCAGACAGCAAGCGUGAGGAGCAAAGCCAAGAAUGAGUGCUGCCAAGUCAUGUUCGACUACACGGCCCUGACAGAAGAUGAGCUGGAUCUGAAGAAAGGGCAGCUUGUUUUAAUAAUCAACAAGGAAACGGAGGACGACGGCUGGUGGGAGGGCGAGCUAAACGGACGCCACGGUUUCUUCCCAGAUAACUUCGUCAUGUUGAUACCGCCAGUGCAAUCUGCAGCCACGAGCACGCCGCCUGCACGCCAAGGCAGCCAGAGACACUCAGUGAAGACAGAGCCAGCAGCUAUGGAGAUGGGUGGACCGACAAAGACAAAAGACGAAAAGCCGGAGAGUACAGACUUGAGAAGCAACCCUCCGGUCAAAGUCAAGCUGCCUUGUAUCAGCAAGCCUAGCCCACCGCCCGUCAAAGAAAAGCCAAACAAGGUUUUACCCAAAUGCAACGGCAGUUCUGCUCCCCCUUCGCCAAAACCUUCGGAAGAGACUGGGUCGGGGCAGUUUGAGCAAGUGGAUGUUUCCACAGAAAAACUAAGCCACCCCACAGCAAACAGAGCCAAACCCCCACAGAGGAGGCCCCCCUCCGGUCUGGUUGCAACCGCACAAGCCCAGAGUGGGACGGACCAGACGGACUCAGAAUCAUCACCAAAAAACUCCCAAGGAGAGAAAAUGCCUGACUUGCCUAAGAUUGCAGAGAAUCUCACGCCGUCACCUGCCAAGCCAAAUCCUCUUCCCAACACCUCUGCUCCUUCUCGUCCACCACCACCCAAAGUAGUUGUAGAUGCUACAGCUGGAAUGCGUGCAGAGGAGCCCUCUCUGGAUGGUCUGCAGGCAGAGAUCAGGGAGCUGAGAAUGAGUCUGCAGCUCCUGCAAACACAGCACGAGCAAGACAUAAAGGAAGUAAAAGAAGAACUGAGACAAGAGAGAACUAAACGAAUGGCACUGCAGGAGCAGGUGGACAGUCUGAGCAUGAAGCAUUAACAUCAAGUGACACUGUGCCUGGGCAGGCUGUCUGAGACGAUGUCAGCGCCUUUCAGCUGCGAGAAGAACAUUUUUCUGACAUGCAAGUACAAGACGAGUACAAAAAGGAAGGUCGAACGAGGUGUCUUCUCCCUCGACGGAAAACACAACUGAAUGUUGCAUCAUGCUGUCUCUAGCUGAUCACAGUACCAGGCUCAUCACCUACCAGAUGAGCCAACUCCACCAGAAGGCUCUCACACAACUCACUGCUGUACUGAUAUAGAUUUAUAUAUUUGAAUUGAAUGCUGCAAGAUACACGAUGUUGGGGCUAAAUGGGGCGCAUUUUUCCCACAUAGUAAUGAUUUGCAUUACUGUUUUUGUUUUUUGGGGUUUUUUUUUAGGAAAAUGUUCAUUUUCUGUUACUUUUGUCAUGGGUAUGUUUGUUUCGUGAUAAUUUUUUUUAAAGAAUUAAACCAUCAGCUGAACGUUAAAUAAUAUGUGCAGUUGUGCAUAGGUGGAAUAAUUUGCUAUAGCUUUAAAUAAUAUAGAGGUGGAAUAAUUUGCUAUAGCUUUAAAUAAUAUAGUGAUACAGUCACCUCCAUGUAAAAAGCUGAAACAAUGCCUGUAGUAACUGGUACUGCAGGUACAUUUUCACUGAGUUUGAACUGUAACAAGGCAUUUGUCCAUAAGGUGGCGCUGUUGGCCUACUGUUGUACAGAAAAGGACGCUACUGUAAUCUUAAAAGGGAUGCGGCAUUGAAGGAGCCAACCUGUAUGUAGUUUAUAGAAAUUGUGUUGAUAACAAUUUCUCUCUUUUUUUUGCCCUGAAACUGUAUUGUAGAUUUGGUUAAAUCGAAUUCUGGAACAAUCAACCCUGAAAAGAUGUAACAGGGCUAACGGUAUAUUCUACUUUUUAAUGACUUGAAAUGAAAUGAUCGCUGUCGUACUCAUAAAUGCCUUGAAUAAGAUUUUCUGAAAGUAGUAAAAAUGAUGCAUGUGCAUAACUACAACCUGAGGAGGCCAUCUGAAGCCAUCGCUUGAUGCUGACGACGGCCUCAUCCUGACAACAAACACAUGAUGUCUGAAGCACCGCUGAAAUGGAAAGAUGGGGGAAGUGAAUUUGUCCAAAGUUAUUUGCAUUAUUCCACGAUAAAGGGAAUUUUUUUUUUUUACAACUGUAUUUAGUACAUAUAAUCUGAGUCAGGUCAACGGGAAUGCUUUCUGGUUCAAGCAAUGGUGACAUGUUGGUGUCUCGGUCUACUACGCUGCACUACACUGGAGACCACAUCUGGAAAACAUCUGGAGCUCAUUAGGAGGAGGGAGGGGGGAGCC